UCUUUUCUUUUUUUUUUACCCCUUCUAUCAAGGAUCAGGGAUGGCGAGCGAACCGAAAGUGUAUGCACUUGAAGAGGUCGCGAAGCACAACGUGAAAAAAGAUUGUUGGCUCAUCAUGUUCGGAAAGGUGUAUGAUGUCACAGAAUUUCUUGAUGACCAUCCUGGUGGAGAUGAUGUUGUGAUAUCAUCGACCGGGAAAGACGCAACAAACGAUUUUGAAGAUGUGGGUCACAGCAAGACUGCUACAAACAUGUUAGACAAGUACUAUAUCGGCGACAUUGAUCCUACGACUAUGAAAACCCCAGCGUAUGUUGCGCCAAUUCCGAAGGCAACAACUACAGCUGAUAACGGCCCAGGUUUUAUCAUCAGAAUACUGCAGAUGCUCGUGCCCGUUGUGAUCCUGGGGUUGGCGUUUGCUGUCAGGAAAUACACAAAACCUGAGUAGCUCGGAUCCUCUACAAUUUUGGAAGAUAGCGUAGUUUUGGAUGUCAGUAGUUGAUUUCUUUUUAAAGGUUAAGUGUAGGUUUUUACUACUCCCCGAGCCAAAAAAACCUGUUGGUUUUUAGACGGAUUCAUUUGGUGAUGCAUUCAUUUUGUUUUUUGAUCUUAUAUUGCUGCGUAUCAAAUGCGUAUGCACCUACAUAUCGGUAAAGGAUGGGUGCCAA